AUGGACGAGUCAGAAAUGCUACAGCUUGAUAUUCGUAUCUCGGAGGCACGAGAACAUCUUGGUCUCACUGCUGACGACCGCCUCGACCGAGCUGGGCGGCUAUAUGAUCUUGCAACUCUGUUAAACGACCGUUACUCCGUGACUGAGGAGGACGUAGAUCAAGACGACGCGAUUGACUUGGCCAAGCAAGCUACAAAAUGUCUCUCAUACCUCGACCAUGAUAGGGCAGAAUGUCUGAGCUUUCUUGGACACCUUUUAGGUAACAAGUUCUCAAGGACAGGUGAUAUGGAUAUCCUGGAUGAGGCAAUCGUCGUUGCACAACAGGCGGUUCAUGAGACUGUUGCUAAAAAUCCUAAAUAUUCUGAGCGUCUGUACGAGGUUUCCCUCUUAUUGAAUGACCGAUUCCUUAUGACGAAAGAAAUUCGCGAUCUCAACGAGGCCAUCGCCAACACCAGGCUGUCCAUUGAUCAUCCACCUAGUAGGACUAGUCCACAUCGGAUGGAGUGGCUGAACAGCCUUGGGGCCUUUCUCUAUACUCGAUUUAUGCAUACGGAGUCAGUUUCUGAUCUGGACGAGGCCAUUGAUCUGGCCAAGGAAGUUAUUAAAAUCGUUCCAAAGGAGGAUCCUGACCGGCCAGUGCUCUUGCAAAAUCUUGCUCUUCGACUUGACAGACGAUUCUCGAUCACGGCGGACAUAUCAGAUUUGGAUGACGCGGUUGAGGGCAUCAAGGAAGCCAUCGAUUUAACGGGCUCCGAUGAUCCAGAUAUGCGCGAGUAUGCACACCAACUAGCAGCCCUUCUCGCCCACCGGUUCUCGAACACUCAAAAGUUAACCGACCUUGAAAUAGCAAUUUCAAGCACGAGGAGUGCUUCAAGGAUAGCCACUGGUCUCGACUUGGAGAGAGAGUUGUUCGAGAGUCUCGGUUCGUUGCUGGCCGCCCGAUUUUCAAUACUGGCUGAGACUCGAGAUAUAGACGAAGCUAUCACCCUUGCAAGAAUGGCACUUUCACUAGCCACGACCAAGGAUCCAGAAGAAGUACCCGAUUUAGGACCAAUGCUGAAUUCUCUCAGUAUAUACUUAGGUGACCGAUUCUCUCAAUGUGGUGUCCCCGCAGACCUGGACGAAGCAGUUGGAGUUGCAAAACAAGCAAUCGAGGAAACCUCUUCCGAUGACCCAUGCCGUCUGGAUUAUAUGAGCACUCUCAGCGUGCAUUUGAGGGAGCGCUUCUCCUGUACUGGAGCUAUUACGGACCUAGAAAAUGCCAUCAACACCUCAAGAGAGAUUAUCAAAGGAACUCCAGAAGAUCAUGCUGACAGACCAACACGGCUUAUCAACCUGAGCAAGCAGCUGAACGACCGUUUCUCUCAUUUGGGUAAAGAGAGCGAUAUCGAGGAAUCUAUUGACAUCGCCAUGGGAGCCGGAGCUCGACAUACUGCUCAAGGAAACCUUGAAGACUUGGAAGAGGCUAUCCAUGUUAGCCGACAAGCAAUUGGAAUAACUCCUGAUCGUGAUCCAGAACGUGCCACACGAUUGAACAACCUCUGCGUUUUGCUUGGCGACCGAUACGCAGCUUUAGGAGAAGUGACGGACCUUGAAGAGGCCGUACGGGUGAUUCGAGAUGCUAUCAAAACUACUCCCAAUGGCAGUCCAGAUAUCGGGGUCUUUCUGAACUCCCUCAGUGUACGGUUGGGCGAUAGAUACGCAGCACGAGGAAGCGUGGCGGAUCUGGAAGAGUCUGUUGUAGUCGCCAAAAGAGCAGUCGAAUUGACUGCCGUCAAGAACUCAAACCGGGCUAGAUACCUGAAGAAUCUCAGCCUUCAAUUAGGAAGACGUUUCGCAAGCGUUGGAGAGAUGCAAGACUUGGAUGAAUCUGUUGAGGUGGCCAGGAAGGCUCUUGAAUCCACAGUGGAAGGCCAUCGGGACCGGCCAAUACUACUGCAUAACCUUGCUUUGCAACUCAGUACCCAGUUCUCACGCACAGGUUCGACGGAAGCCUUAGAAGAGGCCAUCAGUCUCGCAAGAAAGGUUGUUGAUAUAACCUCCGAUAAGCAUCCGGAGCGGGCAGCACAAUUGAGUACCCUUGCGGUGGUCUUGUGCACGCGAUAUCAGCAGUUUGGCGCAAUAGCAGAUCUUCAUGAGGCCAUUGAUGCUUCUAGAGGAUCGGUCAAAGCCACAUCUGGUGGUAAUGCUAAUCGGUUCUUGCGAUUGAACAACUUCAGUGCUCAUCUUUACUAUCGAUUCAGUCGAUCCCCAGACUUGGAUGCGGGUAUGGCUGACCUUGACGAGGCCAUUCGCACUGCCCGUGAGGCAAUUGAAGCAUGUCCCGACGGCCAUUCUGAGCGACCCAACUUGAUGAGCAACCUCGGCGUCCAACUCACCAGCCGAUUCCUGAAGACCAACGACAUAAAGGACCUAGACGAGUCCAUUAAUGUGGGCGAAGAAGCUGUUAAGAUGGUUGAUGUAGGCUACUCCGAGAGAGCGGCAUGGUUGUUUAACCUCAGCCGCUCUCUAGAUCACCGAUACAUGAACACGAAUGAGUUAGAUGACUUGGAAGGGGCCACAAUGACAGCCAGAGAAGCAGUGGAGGCGACUUCUGAUGACUAUCCUGGUAGAGCAGGAUUACUCAAUAAUUUGGGACACCACCUGGACUCUCGUUUUCUCCAUACCGGCUUGGAAGAAGACAAAGUGGAGUCCAUGCGCUGUUACGAAGAGGCCUUGAUGUCCCCAGUUUCUCUUCCUACCUAUCGUAUCUUCGCCGGUCGGUACCUUCUCUCGACCCCAGAGAUUCUUCGUCGGGGUCAACGAGCUUACGAAAUCGCGAAAACAACUAUCGACUUGAUCCCUCUAUCGGCCCCCAACUCACUAGCGUCCACUGAUAAGAAAGUCAUUCUUUCUCAGAUCUCAGGUCUCGCCUCUGAUGCGGCCGCUGUGGCUCUACACACAGGACAAGGAGCUUCUGCUGCUAUUCAACUUCUCGAAUCUGGACGUGGCCUGUUAGCUGGCUCGCUCCGUGACCUACGGACCGAUCUUUCCUCCAUUCGUGAGGAGCAUCCUGACUUGGUCAAGUCUUUCUACGAACUCCGUACUGUGCUUGACUUACCAGCCGUAACAGAUGGCAUGAUGACUACCAAUACAACAUUUGGUCCAUCCCAAAGUCUUGGGACGGACAGCCGUCACUGGGCUAGUCGACAGAUGGUGAGCGUCUUGAACGAGUUUCGGGCAAUUCCUGGUCACGAGCGGUUUCUUCUACCAGCUGCUGACGCCGAAAUGCGUGCCGCUGCUGAGGAAGGUCCCAUUGUCAUGAUCAAUGUGAGCUCCCAUAGAUGCGACGCCCUUCUCGUUGAGAAAACUGGUUUUCGAGCUUUGCUCCUCCCAAGGCUAUCCAAGGAUGAGAUCUCUCAACGAUCUCAGAGUCUCCAUUCUCUCGAAACACUGGAGUGGCUCUGGGAUGCUGUAGUGGAGCCGGUUUUGAAAGCUCUUGGUCUUAAUAGACCCUCACCGGAAGCGAACUUGCCUCGAAUGUGGUGGAUUCCUACAGGACCGCUAAACAAAUUCCCUUUCCAUGCAGCCGGCUAUCACCUAGAUUCUGGGGGCAGCACUACACUGGAUAGAGUGAUAUCGUCCUACGCGUCUUCAAUCAAAGCCAUUAUCGAUACUCGUCAGGCACGUAACGAAAAGACCGAUCUCAGUUCCACGAGUCAUGUUGUUGUUAUGGCCAUGAACAAGACCAAAGGACAGAGCUCGUUACAAUACCCAGAUGCAGAGGUCAAAGUCGUCGAGUCGAUGUGUCAUUUGGCAGGACUUCCAGUACAACGUCCGCAACCACGGAAAGCCGAGACAAUAGCAGCCCUCCAGGAAUGCCAUGUAUUUCAUUUCGCAGGUCACGGUAGCACGAAAUCCGACCCAUUGAAUAGCCUCCUCUACCUCGAAGACUGGCAAGAUCACCCUCUCACAGUAGGGAGCCUACUUGAUACCAAUCUUCGCUCUAGCGCACCGUUCCUCGCUUACCUCUACGCUUGUAAGACGGGUGAUAGCUUAGACGAAAAGCUAGCCGAUGAGAGUCUCAAUCUUACGAGCGCCUUUCAAUUAUCGGGAUUCCGACAUGUCAUUGGAACGCUUUGGGAGGUGGAUGAUGCUUUGUGCGUGGACAUGGCGGGGAUCAUAUACAAGGUUCUGGGCCAGAGAGGAUUCCAUGACAGAUCUAUCGCUGAAGCACUGCGUCAAGCUACCUAUAUUCUGAGGGAUAAGUGGCUAGUUGACGAAAGGGCAAGAGCUGAGCUUAGAGGUGAGCGGGAUGUCGUCUUGUGCGAUGAUAAGGUCGCCAGAACACCUCUUUGGGUGCCCUGUAGUCCUGACUUCGCACCGCGCGUCAGCGAACAAAGAAACAAGACCGUCAACGAGUCAGAGGCUGCCAUCAUGUCUAGAAGGGACAGAGACGAAGUCGAUCAGAACACCUGGCCUAUCGUUGCCAAAGAGUUCCUGUUGCUUGGCGUGACUAACGUGGUCAUCACGCUUGGAGUCAAGGGUGCAUUCUAUGCGAAUCAGGAUGGGAGCGGUCAUUGUCCGGCCUUUAAUGUCAAGGUCAAAGACGCUACUGGUGCAGGGGAUACAUUCACGGGAACUUACGCCUCGGAGUAUGUUCGACAGAAGACUGUGGGGAGGCGGGAUAUCAAGAGUGCGGUAGUCCGUGCAAACAAGGCAGCUGCUAUCACCAUCCAAAGCUUUGGAGCACAAAACGGGAUCCCCUGGUCUGACAAGAUUGAGAAAUUCGAUGCUCCUGAAAUGUCACCACACGCGUUCCGUUCUGAUUCAACAGCUUUCUCAUGUAGCAAUGAUCAGGAGCCGGCGGACGACAGCAAGCACAACUGCUGUCUGCACAUCAAGAAUGCCAGUGAUGCUUGGUGGUUGACAAACCCCAACGUUACUAAGAAAGUCUGCGAGCAGUACAAGGAUAUCGCGAAAUUUGAUGGAGAGACUUGCAAUGGAGAUGAGAUUGACGAUGCUGAUUGGAAGAGCAAGUGCAAGGAGUGGGGAACAACUUUCUUCGGCUGGACAGAUGAGCGUGUCGGUGCUGGGCAUAACGGAACAUGCUAUCCCAUAGAUAACUAA